GUGGGUGCCCUGUCAUGAUAGGGGGGGUCAGAGGGCCUAGGUAUAAAAGUCACGGCUCGCCACUGCAGCUGAGGCAUGAAUCCUUGAUUUCACUCGGUUUAAAAGCCCUGCCUCCAGCAUGCAGCUGGCACAUUUGAAAGACAUGGCGGCAGAAAAACUACACAAGUGGACGGAGGCCCAAACCAGAGCCCUCAUUAAACAAAGGACUGAGAAUGAGCACCUGUUUACAGGAAAGAGGUACACAGCCAAGAAGGCCUGGGGAGAGGUUCUGUAGAAGAUGGAGUUGGAGGAGUUGCUCACUCCCACCCAACUGGCAAAAAAGUGGGACAACCUCAAACGCAAAUAUAAGGAGCUGAAAACCCCCCCUACAGGGACGGGGACAGAUGCGGGGGAGGCCACGGCAGCCACAUGGCCGUGGUUUUCCCUGAUGCAUGAAGCCAUCGGGAGUCGGCCCUCCAUGGAGCCUCCAGUCCUGAUGGACUCGGCUGAUGUGACCCCCAGUGGGAUUGGCUCUUCAUCCAGUGGAGCUGUGGCCGCUCCUUGUGGCCAGGCAAUGGAGGAAGAGGAGGAUCCUGGGCAGCCUGGCACAAGUAGCAGCACCACUACACUGGAUGAAGAGCCAUCCACCUCUCUCAGUCCCCCGCCUGCCAAGAACAAGAGGGCAAGUAGGGGGGCCCUAUUAGAGUUUCUCAAAGAGGAGGCCCAACGAGAGCAGGAACGCUUUGAGGCCAAUCAGGCUAACACGAAAAAUGAUGUGAAGGAGGCGUUCUUGGGAUUUGAUGAUGUGAGUGAUGACAGGCGAGCACCGGCUAUUGCUGAUUAUGUUUUGGGGGUGCUGGGGAAAUAUAAUUGCGUUGAAAAGCUGGUAGCUCAAACGUAUGACGGAGCUGCUGUGAUGGCAUCAGCUCUUAACGGGGUGCAGGCCAAGAUCAGAGAAAAGAAUAAAAUCAUGGACAUUGGAUUCUGCUGUGCGCGAAUCCGCGACACAAUGGGAGUUGUGGAACGCCAGAGAAAAGAGUUUGACAGUUUCUAUGAUGGGUUCGAGCAGAAAUGCAUCACACUUGGCCUGACAGACAAUGUCCGAAAAACAGAGAGACUUUUAAAACUGAAACACAAUAAAGAGGACUUCUACAACAAAGUCACGGACAUCUUUGUCCAGAAGGAUAGGCGAAUGGACUUCAUUUACAAGUUAAGGCAUUGA